AUGGCUUUGCUGUGGCUGCUCGUCCUGCUGGCCCUGGCCGGGCCCGUGGGGGGCACCUGGGACACCUGCAGGGGCACCUGCGGGCUCCGGCCUUUGGCACAUGACCACAGCUCGCUGGUUCGGGACUACGACCCCACAGACGACAACUACACAACUUUGUCAUCUUCUGAUGGCACUGCUGUUGAUGUGGCCAGCCCCGGUGUCCCCUCAGGGACCUGGCCUGGCAUUGUCAGCAUCCAGGCCACCUGGGACAACGGCACGUGGCACAUGUGCUCGGGGGCCCUCAUCCACCCCCAGUGGGUGCUCACUGUGGCACGCUGCUUCAUGGACACUCAGGACACCUCAGCAUGGAAGGUGCUGAUUGGGGCCACAGAUCUGGCCCAGCCGGGCCCCGAGGCCCAGCGUCGCCACAUCGGGAAGGUCCUGAAGCACCAGGACUACAGCAAUGACUUGCCGGGCAACAACAUCGCCCUGGUGGAGCUGGACCAGCCCGUGGAGUGCAGCGACUACAUCCAGCUGGCCUGUGUGCCCGACAGCUCCCUGGCAGUGUCCGAGCUGAAAACCUGCUAUGUGGCAGGCUGGAGAGCCACCCCGGAGAAUGCACCGGGCCUGGUGCUGCAGGAGGCCAAGGUGCGGCUCAUCGACGUCCAGCUGUGCAACAGCAGCCGCUGGUACGGGGGGGCCGUGCACCCCCAGCGCGCCGUGUACCCGCGGGACCUCGACACCUGCCAGGGGGACACAGGGGGUCCCCUGGUGUGCAAGGACAACACUGGUGACUACUUCUGGCUGGUGGGCCUGACCAGCUGGGGCAAGGGCUGUGCUGGUGACAAGCGGCCCGGGGUGUUCACGGCCACCCAGCACUUCCACAACUGGAUCCAGACGCAGAUGGGAACAGUCCCACCCAAAACGGAGCCUCCUCCGCCCAAGCCACCCACCCCCACCAUUGAGAUACAGCCACCAGCACCGGAACUAGAACCAGAACCUGAACCAGAACCUGAACCUGAACCAGAACCGCAACCACAACCGGUACCGAUACCGGUACCGAUACCAGAACCAGAACAAAUACCAGAACCAGAAGAAGAGGAAGAAGAAGAAGAAGAAGAAGAGCCAGAACCAACACCACCACCGCCUAAGUUUAUAACGGUUUCAUUCCCAAAAGCCAUCCUGCUGAGGUUCUUCAGGAAUCUGCAGGAGUUCGUGGAGUUCCUGCGGGACAAACUGGAUUGA